AUGGUGGAUUACCGACCUAUAGCCCUCUGCUCAGUCUUCUACAAGAUAAUAUCCAAGCUCCUCUCAAGGCGACUGCAACCAGUACUGCAUGCAAUAAUAUCAGAAAAUCAGUCAGCUUUUGUACCGCAAAGGGCUAUCUCUGACAAUGUACUCAUUCCACAUGAAAGUCUUCACUACCUUAAGACUUCCAGAGCAAAAGAACGUUGCUUUAUGGCCGUCAAAACGGAUAUGAGCAAAGCCUACAACAGGCUGGAAUGGGAUUUUAUCCUAUCAGUGAUGGAAAGAAUGGGUUUCCACCAGAAAUGGAUCCAAUGGAUUCAUCAGUGCGUAUCUACAGUAUCCUACUCCUUUCUCAUCAAUGGAUCAUCACAAGGUCAUCUUACCCCCUCAAGAGGACUUCGACAAGGGGACCCGCUGUCCCCAUAUCUGUUUAUCCAGUGUAGCGAAGCUCUGUCUGGUCUAUGUCGCAAAGCUCAACAAGAUGGAACCUUACCGGCCUCGGGUCAAUUGAUAAACAAAACCAAGUCAGCAAUUACCUUCUCCUCAAAAACACGUGAAGAGGUAAAGGUGACAGCUCAACAAAUCCUAGGGAUUCAAAGGGUGGGAGGUUUAGGAAAAUAUCUUGGCCUCCCUGAGUUCUUUGGCAAGAAAAAGAGAGACAUGUUUAAUCUGAUCACAUAUCGUAUCGGACAAAGAUCUAGGAGUUGGGCUGCAAGACCGCUCUCGACUGCUGGAAAGGCUACCAUGCUAAGAUCAGUACUCUCUGCAAUGCCUAUGUACACCAUGCCUUGCUUCAAAAUCCCAGGAUCUCUCUCAAAGAGGAUACAAUCCAUGCUCACGCAGUUUUGGUGGGAUUCCUCGGAAGAAAACAAGAAGAUUAGCUGGGUGGCUUGGUCCAAACUGACAAAAGUAAAGAAGGAGGGAGGUCUGGGUUUCAGAGACAUACCAAAUUUUAAUGAUGCCCUCCUCGCAAAGAGCAUCUGGCGAAUUCUGACUCGACCAAACAGCCUUCUAGCAAGAGUGCUUCUGGGAAAGUAUUGCAAUUCUACCUCUUUUUUAGAAUGCAAUGCCCCUAACUCAGCCUCCCAUGGGUGGAGAGGAAUAUGCAUUGGUCGUGACCUCUUGAAACCUAACCUAGGCAAGCUAAUUGGAUCGGGACAGGAAACUCUAUUGUGGUACGAACCAUGGAUUUCUCUCUCACAGAGAAUCACUCCCAUGGGACCACCUUCAGAGAUGUCUGCUAACCUUUGGAAAACAUGGGAUCAUGAGAAAGUUAAAGCUUUACUUCCGGCUUAUGAAAAAGAGAUUCUAGCUCUACAACCAAGUAAAAAGGGAGCCAGGGACUGCCACCUUUGGCUUCUUACCAGCUCAGGAAUCUACACAGCAAAGUCUGGCUAUUUGGGAGCAACCCAAAAAGGAAAUGAUCCGCCACCCAUCGACCCAAGCCCCACCCCUUUUGACUGGUAUAAAGAAAUCUGGAACAUCAGGUGCCUCCCAAAGCUUAAGUUUUUCCUUUGGAAAGCUAUGCACGAUGCCCUCCCAGUUGGAGAAAACUUGAAGAUCCGAGGAGGGAACCCCUCUACAUCGUGCCCCCACUGUCUGCAAGAGGAAACAGUCGUUCAUCUCUUCUUCCACUGCCCGUUUGCUGCUCAGCCAUUGAAUCCCCAGCCUCCUGAACUCAGACGGGAAGAACAAAGAUCAGACCCCCACUUGGAUACUAUCUCUUAUUUCACUGAUGCGGCAUGGAGAUCAGAUUCUCAAGCCGCGGGCUUCGGAUGGUUAUUCAGCGAUGACUCUCGCUCUUUUGAGAUUACGAACCAGAAAACCGCAACAAAUGUAGUCUCUCCAAUCCUCGCUGAAGCGAUCGCGGUAUCCCUGACACUUCAACACGCCCUAGAUCUGGGCUUUAACAAACUCUCUCUGGCUUCCGAUUCAGAGAUGCUAAUCAAAGCCAUCAAUUCAGAGACUCCAUCGAAGGAGCUUUACGGGAUUCUCCACGAUAUCCUCGAUCUAUCGCUUUCUUUUUCUUAG